AUGCCUGCCCUCACUCAUGCUGAGCUGGCCAUAGGCGAGCCGCGCUCGACUGUUGGUUCUUACCACCACGUCUCUUUCUCUCAUCUUUGCACUGGUCUCCUCAUACUUGCCGUAUUGGUCGUUUUGCGCUUGGUGGUAUGUGGUGCUUUCUUGACUACGGUAAGCAACGAGAUCAAAGAGGUCCGAGGACACCAACAAUACCCCAAAGAUCGACUUGACCACUUGGUCAACCAGCAACGGCUCCAUCAUCUCUUCGUCCAAGACGGGGGCUGGGUCAUGGAAGAAAAGUCACGUGGGGUCAGCAGUAACACCCUAGCUUCUGGGGCUGAGCCGACUAGGAAGAUCAGUCCGCAGGACGUGUUCAUGAGGGGAAAUGAAAAGGACUCGACUGAAGACACAGAGACAAGCAGUAGCGGCGAUGUGCUGUAUGGGGACCACAUUCAGAGGGGCAAGGCUCUGGGUCAUUCUCCUACCAAGUUCAUGGUGUCGAGACCUCCACAGCCUCCUCCACUGACGCCCCUCGAGCUGUCUCCAUCGGCCUUUACAUAUGAUGAGCGCAGGAGGAGCUUUACGAGUGGCGUCUCAGAGCUAGACGCGUCGUUCUUCGAGCAACCAAACCCUGACUAUAUGUCAUCAACUUCAACGGGCACUUCGACAGCAACGCAGGAUACGCAAACUACGCGGUCCUUCCCAGCACCCCGCAGGAGAUCUUAUACCAAGACGCUGCCCAUUGGAAUCUCUUCUCAAUCAUCAUUUCCAAUCCUUGACGACGACAUUGGCAUAGUCUUUUCCCCCUCGUCGUACCCCCCAACAUCACCUCUGCUCCCGGGACCACCCCCUAUUCACGGUGAGAUUCGUUAUGACGAGGUCACCAAGCAAGAGAUUCUAGUGCGAGGCGAAAUCAUCUCCUUGCUGGAUGAUUCCGGGGCUGGAUGGAAGAGGCAUACGAGAGUGUAUGGGGGCGGCGCGUGCCUUGCCUGCGCAGCAUCUGGCGACGAUGGCCACCAACAUGGCGGUUUCUAUGGAGAAAACGUCUUACCAGAAGAGAAGCGCUACUAA